AGGAAGCCGUUGUGGAAGUACCUGCAGGUAGCAGAGCCGGUUAACAAACCCUAAAAUCAAGAGCAAGUUUCACGAAGCCCUAAUCGGAGAAACAAGAGACUUGAGAAUGGCAAUUGCAGGAGAUUUAACGGUGUAUGCCGCAUUACGCCCUUCUCCAACGAACCUUCGCCGUACCAUUUCACCGCCUCCACAUAAGGUUGGUUUUAGUAAUUUCGCAAAAGGUGUAUCUGCUAGUUCUGAAACCAUGCCCAAAUGGUCAACUUCAUUAACCCAUUCCCAAAACACACGUUGUCGCUCCAAUCAACGUGUUGGAAUCAUCAGCGAUUACGAAACGUCCACCAGCACCAUCGCCCACAACCACGAAAGCUUUCUGUUUAACGCCAUAAACAUGAGCUUUCUCGAACGUCUAGCCAUGGCUUGGAAGAUCGUGUUCCCAUCUCCAUCGAUGAUACAAAACUCGAAUGCCAACAUAGCAAAACAAAGGCUAAAGAUGAUUCUAUUUUCCGACAGAUGUGCAGUCAGCGAUGAAGCGAAACAGAAGAUAGUCAGCAAUGUGGUCACCGCGCUUUCGGACUUCGUGGUGAUAGAACCGCAAGAUAAAGUCCAGCUCAGCAUCUCGACGGAUUCCGCCCUCGGAACUAUUUAUUCCGUCACCGUGCCGGUGCGGCGGGUACGGGCGGAAUACCAAGAGGAAGAUGAGGAGGGGACGAUCGUGAACAUCGAAUAUAAGGACACCGGUGCAACUUCUGGUUCUGUGGAUGUCAAAUUUGAUUUCUAUGUUCCAAGUGAAUGAUUGUAUUCGGUAGAGGGUAAAAAUGACAUUUUGAUAGGAUUUGUUAACAAUUAGCACAAGACUUUGACAACUGUAUCUCAAUAAAUGUUGUAUGAGAUGCAUUUUGAAUUAUUUAUGUGUUUGGUACAUUGGAUAAGACAUAAUAG